AUGAAUAUCGCGGACGAGGAGAUCAAGGAGGAGAUCCGCAAGUGGGUCACAAACGACGACUCUAGGGUGGGAAGAAUCACCAGCCGCACCCCGCUGGCCAUCAACAAGCAGGUGCUGGGAGCUGUCUGGGACGCGGUCCAGACGAUGGAGGCCGACGCCAGGCUGAUGAUCGUCCACGUGUGCAACACCACGCUGGAGGCCGAGCUGCUGGACCACCAGCUCAAGGACAAGGACUUCCGCGGCGGGAGGAUUGGCGAGCAGUCGGUCGUGAGUAAGACUGGGCACGCUCUCGGCGCUGUGGUCUUGCUUUCAUACCUACGGCUCAGACAGCUGCUGGAGGCUAAUACUAAGGCCCUGAGACCUCUGUUCCCCAGCCGCGUCAUCGUGAUCUGCGAGCAGGAGCCGGGCAGCAACAUGGACGCCGUCAUCGCACGCGGCCAAUUCGCGCUGCUGGCCAGGGAGAAUCUCGUGAGGCAGUCGGGAUUCAAUGUCAAGAUGCUGGGGCUGUCAUACCGCCCGCACGGAGGCUGGGACUGGCUCGACCACCCGCACCGUGUCAUGUCAACAUUGCCCCCGUCGCGUUCGGUGGCCUUGUCGCUCGACCUGACUGACACAUAUGAGCCUAGCAACGGGCAGACUCAGGUCAAAGAGUACGCCCGAAGCGAUACGGCCAUUGUCAGGACCGCCUCGCUCGCAGGCGGUUAUCUGCGGGACAACAAACACGUUGUGGUGUAUGGGAGUCCUCAUGACAUGCAGACGUUCAUCGAGAUUGUCGAGAACGACCAAGAGACGGAUGUCCCCGUGCACUCCACUCUUGUCAAGGGUACUGGUCGAGACAUCGAACUCGACAUCGACACCGCGAAGUUGUUGAUAAAGGACAGCGGCGAUCUGCCCGGCCAUCUCGUGGCUGUUGAGUCUGGUUCGUUCUCCGUGGCACUGCCGUUCGUCCGGGUGGGUAUGGUGGUCUCCAUCACCGGAAAAGACCCUCACAAGAUGUACGAAAAUGAUCUGCACCUGACGAGUGUCUUUUUCGACGUCGAGUCGGACCUUACACGCGCUUCUCAGCGGUGGACUGGGCAGAGACGUGAAGGCCCGAACUCGGGACGCCCAAGCCGUGUUGUUGAGAUUCUGGACAGAGAGGCUUCAACGUCUGAUGCCCAUAUCCAAGAAGGCACCCCUGACCCGCUGCGGGAGUUCUUUGUCAUGGCUGCUACGUAUCCCGGGAGGCCGCUGAGUCUGCUUCCGAUUUUCAAGGCAGUUGACGACACCCGGGACCUGGCACGGCGGCUGCGGGUCAUGGGACUGCUGGUGUAUCAGGGCCAGGGGUUUGAGCUGACCGAAAAGGGCCACAGGGCAAUGGCUCUCAUCGACAGGAAGCCGUCCCUGACCAUUGAGUCGGCAACAGCCCUCGCCGGCAUCGAUGGCAGCCGCAUGGGGGCAAAGGUGGUCAGGUCCAUCUUGAGGCUUUGCUUCAUAAAGGACAUGCACUCAUCCUUUGUGACAGAUACACCCAUGGGUGUGCGGAGCGAUGAUGAGUUUGUAUCGUUCCUGCGCCGCGCCCCCUUGGAGCUCGAACAGGGUGGGCCGGGGAGGCACUAUGUCGACAUGGGCAUGAUCUGGCUGAUGUGGGCUUCUUUUGAGUGCAUAUCCGCUAGCCUGGAUAGCCAGAACGCCGGUCCGACCGAACAUGUCGCCCCGGGUCAGAACUGGCCCGUUGCCCUACAGAUGGCCGGGGUGAGAGAGGCCAUGGAGAAGCUCGCUUCGUGGGAGCGCCUGAUGGGCCUCGCACCCAUGACUCCAGCCGAGCAGGAGGAGUGGAACCAGCCUUUCACUCCGAGCGAGCUGAACAUGGUAGAGGAAGAGAUCGCGCGGGCUAAUUACUCCACUGCCAUCGUCAUCCCGUUCCCGGUGGAUCGGACCCAUGAGGACCCAUAUCACCUGACUGCCGUCUGGCUGCGGACGGGGGAGCCGGCCAAGAUUAUUGGCGAGUUUGACCAGUACUUGUACGCCUACAGGUUUGCAAUGACGGGCCACAUCAGACUCCCGGACGGAGAAGAGCACAUGCUCAUCGGCGGCUUUCCUUUGGGUGUCGUCAGACAGUUCGUGGUCUCAGUCUCUGUCCACAGCUUGAUGUGGUAUGACUAUGAUGUGACCAAGUCACUCAUUGGUGACCUAGACGCACCGGAUGUGGAUCCCUUGGUUCGGGAGAUGGCCAGGCGGUGA